ACGGUCCCCUCUCCAAGUUGAAAACUAUAAAAAGGUUCUCUCUCCUUUUACCAUUGUCUCCUCGAAAUUUCUCUCAAAAAUCUAUUUAUCGCUCCUUCGCUCGCUUGGUUCGCUCGUCGAGUCCCUCAAAAUCUCUCUGCUGCCUUGUUGAAGAAGCAUGACCAGCUCCUCCGCUCCUUCUCGCAAGGCUCUGAGCAAGAUCGCAUGCAACCGACUCCAGAAGGAACUUGUCGAGUGGCAGGUUAAUCCUCCUGCAGGUUUCAAACAUAAGGCCACCGAUAAUCUCCAAAGGUGGAUUAUCGAAGUUAAUGGAGCUUCUGGAACUCUCUAUGCAAAUGAAACGUAUCAGCUUCAAGUAGAUUUUCCUGAGCAUUACCCUAUGGAAGCGCCGCAGGUUAUUUUUAUCCCUCCUGCCCCGCUGCAUCCGCACAUUUACAGCAACGGGCAUAUAUGUUUAGAUAUUUUGUAUGAUUCUUGGUCCCCAGCCAUGACUGUUAGUUCCAUCUGUAUCAGCAUUCUCUCCAUGCUAUCAAGCUCCACCGUGAAGCAACGACCUGCGGACAAUGAUCGCUAUGUUAAGAACUGUAGGAAUGGGAGAUCUCCAAAGGAGACGAGAUGGUGGUUCCAUGAUGACAAAGUGUAAUCCUAAUUGAUUACUGACUGAAAUACCUGCCUCUGGUUGGUCGAUCAAGAAAGUAGAUAAGUUGCAUUCCCUUCUGAAAGAAAGGUGGACAAGAAAAGGAGUUUAUUAACACCCC